UCGAAAAUGAGUUGAUUUUUAUUUUAUUUUGAGAAACUCUACUGUUUCAACGUAAUCCACUGAAAAAGUUGAAACGUUACUUGUGUUCAGGUUUAGUAAUAUGUACAAUUCAAUUUAUUCGCACAAUAACGAAUUAAAAUUGAGAAAGCGAGUACAACUGAACCGUUGUCAACAUCUGCACUAUGUCAACCUUCAUAUCAAUAAAUAAACAAACAAAUAUAAGCCGUCAUGUGCACUGUUUAUGUAUGUAUUAUACAAUAAAUUAACUAUAAUUUAUCAAAAUUCUAUGUAAACUUGUUUACCUCCUAUUUGAAAUUGACAUAAAACUUUCAUGACAAGAAACAAUUUCCUUAAAAAAUAUUACGAGGAUGAAAACUUGAUACGAAAUAUUUGAUAAGAAGAGAUAAUCAAUGAAAUUUAAUUGUUAAAUAAUAUCAAAUGGCAAAAGUUUUAAUCAGAUUUUAAUAGACAAUCAUGGACGAAAAAGCUACUGAAAUUCCCAUUAUACUGAAUCGUUGUAAAUCUGUUGAAGACAAUAUUUUAAAAUACGACUAUGGUCCUAUCCAUUGCGCUCGUUAUGAAGCUCAUCAAAAGCAUUGUAGCCUAGAAAAGAUUUUUCAUCGUAAACUUCCUAAUCAAAACAUUGUAUCGCGUCUUAUCAAACGAGAAACCACAUUUGUAAGACCAAAUGUUAGUCCUCAUUACGCUGUUCGAUAUUUACAUCAGAACCUAGUUCCUAACUUUACCGUUGUUGACAUCGAAAAGCCGCCUUGCUUCCUCAGAAAAUUUUCUCCCGAUGGGCAGCAUUUUGUUGCUUUUUCGUCUGAUCAAACAUCCAUAGAAAUCUAUAAAUACAAAGGAUGCUCAGCUGGUGAAAGUCUACUUACAAACUUUUCUGGAGAACUAACGAACAUUAACGAUCCGCUAUAUCGAACUGUGCGUACUAAAAUUUUUGAGCAGUUUUUUCAAUUAAAACACAUUGUGAACGUAGCUUUGAAUGAUGAGCAAUUAAAUCGGGAAUGUAGUUUAUUUACGGAUGAUGGGAACUACAUAAUUGUAGGCUCUGCUGCUUAUAUAAAUGAUGAUUCAACUCCACCGUUCUUUGAAAUUUAUCAAAACAAUGAGUCAGUUACACCCAAUCCAAGAUCAUAUGUCGAAAACUACACUUUGCAUUUAAUUGACAUGAAAAAUGGAAUUCUGAGAGACAAACGUGCUUUCAAAACGGAUAAAAUAUAUUUAUCACAUAACCAAGGUGUUUAUUUGUAUCAAGAUUUUCUGUGUGUGUUAUCAGUUCAACACCAAACUAUUCAUGUUUUUCAAGUAACAAAGGAAGGUUAUUUUAUCAAUGUUAGAACUAUUGGUAGGUUCUGCUAUGAUGAUGAUGAGUUUUACAUGUCGAACAUGAGGUACACUCAAACUCCCCCUACUUUGUGUCGACCGUAUCGAGAGACGACUAUCAAUGCCUUGAAACAUAGAGUGUUAGUCUUUUUAUAUAGAAGAGCUGUUCAUCUCUCUCAAACUACUAAGACUUCUAAACCGUUGCUACAUUUUUAUCACAAUUUUCAACAUUUUUUACUUUUGAGAAUGUGGAAAAUGCAACUUUUAGAUAAAAAUCACUUAUUAAUUAAAUAUGCAAGUGAAGAUGUUACUACACUACGGUUAAUGGAUCCAAAUUCUCAACCAUCAUUUUUUGUUGUUUACAACAUGAUAACAACUGAGGUCUUAGCUGUUUAUGAAAAUACAUCAGAUCAACUUUUGUCUAUAUUUGAAAAUUUUUGUGACUUUUUCCGAAAUGCAGCUUUGCAUGCUCCUACAUUAUUGUCUUGUUCUCCAUCUAAUACUAUUUAUGCUAGAAUAUUGCAGCAUAGAUUUUUACAGACCAUUAUCAAUGCCAAAUAUGGAGGGCAAACUGAAGCCGUUAAAAGACUUCUUGCUCAACUACCUAUUAGUUCUCAGUCAUACAGUGUAAGUCCAUAUUUGGACUUAUCUUUGUUUAGUUAUGAUGAUAAAUGGGUCUCUGUUAUGGAAAGACCAAAGGCAAGUGGCGAUCAGCCGAUACGUUUUUAUGCGAGAGACUCGGGACUGCUCCGUUAUAAAAUAUACGCUGGCGUCCAUGGAAAAAACCAUCCUGUUUCUGCACGCAGACUAGUAGCUUUUACUUUUCAUCCCUAUGACCCUUUCGCUAUAAGUGUUCAGCGAACAAAUUCUGAUUAUGUUGUAAAUUUUCACGUUAGACAUGUUAAUACUUGAUAUAAGGUGCAAGUCUUCCUUAAAUUAUGAAAAUUUAGCCAUUUUCUUGAAAUAUCGAGAUAGGUUCUUGGAUUGUUCAAAAGAUUUCAAUGAUGCUGGCAUCUUUUUGAGAGAAAAAUUAUAGUGUUUCUGUUUUCAGAUUAAUUACCUUUAUUUUGCAUUGUUACGACCAUUUUAUUAUCUAUGUUAAGGUGAAUGACACAAAUCAAGAGAAUGUCGACAAUCGCAUAGUCGCUUUGGUGAAUGUCCGAAAUAUUUGUUAUAUCCAAUGUUAUAAU